AGCUUCAUUUGAAUGCCACCUGUCUACCAUUUUAUUUUUAUUUUCUAUUUUUUAGAUUAUCGUCUUCAUUGUCAAGAACAUACACGCAACAACAGUAAAAAUGGAGAUGGACUCUAUCACAUCAAUAAGAAAUAAACAACAACGACAGCAUGGAAAAGUUUUAUUCUUAGUGCGACUAAUAUUCAUAAUAGAUGUUCCACCAACUUCUAUGUGUGGGACUAAGCUAGCGUUUGGACAUAGAUUUGGUUGAAACUUAAAAAAAAGAGUUUUUAAAGUUGUGUUGAAAAAUAAUUUUUGGAAGUUGAAGUUGUAUUUUGACAUGCAUUUUACUUGAAAAAAGAGUGGAAGCUUUGUGAGUGGAUGAAAUAUUUUCACCCAAAAACUGGUUUAAAAACUGGCCCAAACCAGUUUUGGAACUUGAAAAAUUUUCAAUCAAAUUCCAUGAACAAACAAUGUUUUCAAUUGUUUUUUUCUGAAAAAGAGAAAAUAAAUCUAUGUCCAAACGGUAGCUAAUGAAGGAGUUAAUACUCAUAAAUGUUGUAGAAUUUAUAAAUUAAUCACCAUAAGAAAAGGUGGGGAGAAGAAGAAAUGGUGGUUGUGGCUGCACAGUUCCAUUCCCAAUUGUAGAUUGUUUUUACUCUUUCAUCAUUGAAUAUCCAUCAGAAGAAUUUCUCUUUCAUUGUUCUUGUCACUGCUCCGGGCGAUGGCAAAGGGCUUUUAUGGAGUUGUUUACUGGUAGGGUGAAAAGAGUUUUGGGAUGAGAGAUGGCCGAUGGCGACUGUGGGAUUUUGUUUAUGUGGGUAGAAGAGGGAGGAAUGGAGAAAUGAAGAUGAUGGAGAGGUGGCCACCGGUGGAUUUGGAAUUUCGUUGGGAAGAUGAAGUAGUUUUCUUUAUUUUUUUAAGUUAAAUGACACAUUUUAUGUGUCUAUUGGUGCGUGACAUACACAUGGUCGUAAAACUGGUCAAGCACAAAACACACUCGGAGAAAUGUUUGGUGCUAAUAGGUUCCCCUGAAAGAGGGAUGUAUAGUAGGGAUUGGGAUACAAGCUCGGGGGUAAAUUAUGUAUUAAGCCUUUCAUAAAUAAACAAUACCAAAUUGGUACUGCAUCAGUACAAAUAAACUGGGGCUAGACCCCUUACAACGGGAGGGAAUCUAAGAACUAUAACAUAACAUCAAUGUCCAAAUCAGAAGAGGCAUUACACCAAGUCAUAAGAUUCUGAAUACAUCUGUUUCUUACAAAUUAUAAGAAUAGUUUUCCUCGCUACCCUCAAAGCACCUAGGAUUCUUUCCACAUAUUGUCCACAUAAUACAAAGGGGAAUGCUCAUCCAAGUCUUAUUUAGCCUUCUCUCACUGGCUGACCCUUCAAACUCCAUAAGGCUUGCUUCACAUUAGCAAGCAUGACCCAAUACUAAACUGUAAAACAAGUACAACAAUUACCAUCCCAAACAUCAGAAAUUACACAAUACUACACUGUACAAAUCAAGAAAGGCAUCAACUAAGGAAGUUAUAUCAAUUUAAAUAUUAAGAGCAAAACUCGUGGGACCUCUCGUGGGAAAAUGAAAAAAAAGAUAAAUGAUUAGUCUACAAGAUCUCUUCUGGAAAAAAAAGAAGCAUUAUCCUGUAUAAGUUCCCAUCUUGCAGAUUGCAGUAAAAAGGAGGAAGAUAUUUAUCAGGAAAACUGAAACGACUUAGUAUUGCAUGUUGCUAUGGUAUGGUAUGUGACGGCUUGGUCAAAGCAGUUAAAAAGCUCCCAUUGUUAGAAGAGUUGAGUUUGACACACACUGAUAUCACUACAGAGGGAAUUGAAGCUCUUGGACGCUCUUGCCCACGGUUAAAGUUGUUUGAAAUGAACGAAUGUUAUACGGGACAUUAUUUGGACUUAAAUGAUGAUUCUGAUGAAGAUGAUAAUUCUGAUAAAGAUGAUGAUCCUGAUGAAGGAGAUAUAAGAAAUAAUAUGGCUCUAGCUAUUGCUAAAAACCUGCCUGCUUUGCACCACCUUCAGCUCAUUGGGAACUGGAUGACAACUGAAGGCCUUGAGGCUAUUCUUGAUGGUUGUCCUAAUCUUGUAUCACUUGACCUGCGGCAGUGCUUGAAAGUUAGCUUCAACGAAGUUUUGAGUAGCAGAAUUUCUCAACAGAUUAAAGAUGUGAAGUACCCACAUGAUUCUCUGGCCGGUUGUAAAUUUUCGUUUGAGUCUCCGGGGAAUGCAGUCGACGAGUAUAACAUGUAUGAUGAUUAUUACUUCGGUUUUUGAAAAGAUCUACUAGUGGUCAUGUUUCUAGCAUUAGCCUCAGUUAUGAAGUUGUGGGCUUCUUUUGGUUAUCAGAUUAUGAACAGUUCUUCAUGUGUUCACUGAUCGAUUUUUAUCAAGUGUAUCAUUUUGCCUUAUUGGAAUGUCAUGGGUGAACUUCAACCUACCCAAGGAUACAAUGCUGAAAUAGUGUUUCACAAUUUCCUAUCUUCUCUAUUCAGUUUCCUGCCCAAAGCAGCAGUAAUUAUGCCAGGGUUCUGAUGUGUUCGCAUGGAGCUUUCCUUUUCUUUAAUUAUCGUAUACUCCUAAACCACUGAUUGUAACUUUUUGCAAAUCUAUUUUAGAGCCAAAAUAACUUGUGUGUAAAUCAAUCUUUGGGGAGAAGGCCGCUCACAGAAUUGAAGCAGCUGUU